CCUCCCCGACUCAAGCCGACCCUUCAGCCUGCCCUGACCACCAACGACCAUCAUCAUCAUCAUCAUCACACAGCCCAGCUCAAGCACUCACACCCUCACCGAACUAAGCCCUACAGAUAUUUGAAUUUGGAAAUGGCCGCGAAGACUGCCGCUGUGGAUUUCGCUCGAGUAGCCUCGGCGCUCAACUUGCCCCAAUCGACACUCCAAUCCCUGUCGGCAUUCCGGGCACGAAACGCGGCGGCUAAGGCCUCCCUCUCGGCGCUCAAAUCGCAGAAACAGGACAUCGACUUCGCCCAUUAUCGGGCCGUCUUGAAGAAAAACACUCAGAUCGUCGACCGCUUGGAGAAGGUCUGGAACGACUUCAAGCCUGCCGAAUACGACGUCGCUGCUCAGAUUAAGGCGAUCGAGGCUUUCGAAUCUAAGGCCGUCAGUUCGGCCUCUGAAGCCUCCCAGAAGAUCGAGGAAGAACUCGCGGCGCUCAAUGCGACGCUCCAAAACAUCGAGGGAGCCCGUCCAUUCGACCAAUUAACUUUGUCGGACAUCGAUAAGGCCGAGCCCCGGAUCUCUAAGACCGUCGAGACUAUGGUCAAGAAGGGCAAGUGGACCGUCGACGGAUACUCGGAGAAGUUCGGAAACCUUUCCGUCAUGUAGUCCUGCUCACACUCCGCCGUAGUGUCUCCUUCUAGACUCCGCCAUGAUUCGCUCCUCUUCGGUCUUGUCCGACAAAAAAAAAACUAAACUAAACUAAACUCACUGGUUCUCGUCCCUUUGUCGACAAAAUCUCUAUCUCAAAUUUGCAUUCGUAUUGUCCGCGAGACCCAGUCGAUUGAUCGAGUAACUUGAGAUGGUUCGGCAGUGAAUGAUGUUGAUACAAAA